CGGCUGUGUUUCUCAAACCUCAAACCCACUCUUACCCCCUUCUCAUAACCUGGCUUGCCCCUGACUACUACUCUCUCACUGGAACCCGCUCUAGGCGUUAAUCCCCCCAACGCUACCGUCUCUCCACCAACCCACCGCAUCCACCGAGGAAUGCGAUCAGUCUAGGCGCAUUGCCAGUCGAAUCCGAGAAUCCCAUCGCCCUUCCAUCCUCCCGCCCGGAUUCCUCACGGCUGCCCCGAAAUGGCUGACCCGUUCGCCCCGCGCUCCAUGAAGCGCAAGAAUGUCAAGGGCCUCGCUCUCAAGAACCCGGCUCCAAAACCUCCUCCUACCGCCGAUAAUGCUCGCAUGGGGCCCGCGCCGGGCCGAGUAGACGACAACGCCGCGCAGUUGGAGAUUGGUAUCGAGUUCAACCUGGAUUUGAAGCCCGAAGAUCUCGAGGCCAUCAAAGACCUGGGCGCUGGUAAUGGCGGGACAGUCAGCAAAGUCAGGCACAUUCCGACAAACACUGUCAUGGCACGAAAGAUUAUCCACGUCGAGGCCAAGAAAGAGAUGCGCAAGCGUAUAGUCCGCGAACUGCAAAUCAUGCACGGUUGCCAUUCCGACUAUAUUGUCACCUUUUACGGUGCGUUUCUCAACGAAAACAACGAUGUCAUUAUGUGCAUGGAAUAUAUGGAUGUUGGCUCUCUCGACCGCAUCUCCCGCGUAUUUGGGCCUGUCCGGGUGGAUGUUCUGGGCAAGAUUGCUGAAGCAACCCUUGGCGGGCUCACGUAUCUCUACGCCAAGCAUCACAUCAUGCAUCGCGACAUCAAGCCGUCCAAUAUCCUGGUCAACUCACGGGGCCACAUCAAGCUCUGCGACUUUGGCGUCUCUGGAGAACUCAUCAACUCUGUUGCCGACACGUUCGUGGGCACGUCAACGUACAUGGCGCCCGAACGAAUCCAGGGUGAGAAGUAUACGGUCAAGUCGGAUGUGUGGAGUUUCGGCCUGACCAUUAUGGAACUGGCCAUUGGCAAAUUCCCCUUUGCUGCGAGUGAGCAGCUAUCUGAUGCUGAAAGCGCCCCCGCGGGCAUCCUUGACCUGCUUCAGCAGAUCGUGCACGAGCCGGCCCCGCGGCUCCCAAAGAGUGAUGCCUUCCCGCAGAUCCUUGAUGACAUGAUCCAGAAAUGUCUAGCCAAGGAGCCCGAGCAGCGGCCGACACCCCAAGAACUAUUCGAUCGCGAUCCGUUCGUACAGGCAGCCAAGAGGACGCCGGUUGACCUGAGAGAGUGGGCUUGCGGUCUGAUGGACCGUGACAACCGCAAAUCCCACCUGACGCCGCAGCUGUCCCCUGCAACAAGAGAUCUCCUGCGUUCAAGCGAUUCUCCCACCUAUCUAACCCAAACAGACAUGGCAACGCAGCAAACACCCACUUCAGCCUACCGAGCCGAUCCGAGGCACGCGGGGGACCAGGCAAACCUGGCGGCCCAGGUGGAUCGCCUGUACAUUCGGGAUCUGGAUUACGAGUAACGACCAUCUCGAACCCAAGUCCUGAGCCCCGCCGGCAGCUCCACGCGGGCAGCGAAGAGCGGCGUGUUGCGGGCCGUACGAGCCCUCCGAACGCGGAC